GCCACCCCAACAACACAGCAGCCAUGGACGCCAUCAAGAAGAAGAUGCAGAUGCUUAAGCUAGACAAGGAGAAUGCCUUGGACAGAGCUGAGGGAGCUGAGGGAGACAAAAAGGCAGCGGAGGACAAGAGCAAACAGGUCGGCAUCCAUAGAGAAAUCGUGUUCUGUCUUAUUGCGCACGGGUGCCAUUGGCACUGUGCGUCAAAUGUUUGGGCACGGAGUGCUUUGGAGCGUUCUCUCUCUCUCGAUAUUGAUUAAAUUAAGUCUCAGAUGAUGAAGAGUAUGAGGAUCAGUAUUGAUUGUUGUAUUUAAUCGUAUUGGGAAUAUAUUUGUUUUUGCGGCGUGACAAUGUUUUAUUCUUGGACUCCAGGGAGGUUUAGAAAACGUUUAUUGUUUGGUCGAUUAAUAUCACUGCGUUAUGCGUGAUAUAGCCUUAGAUUAUAUAUUUUUUUACCAUAAAACAUGAAUAGCGUAGUCUAUUGAUUAACGUAUGCCACUCUAGUGUUGUGAGUGGAUUGAAUAAAUGAAAUGUAAAUACUUGUCCAAAGACUAAGACGAUAUCACGAAGCAUUUGUAAGUGUUUGCCUUUUUUCCAUAACUCUUGGCUUUUGUUUUCUUCCCUUUUUUGUCUGUUUCUGGCUGUGCGUUCGCGCUCCUGUGUGUGCUUCUUUGCUGCUCAUGGCACACCCCAAUUGACUGAUGAUAUUCUCCACCAACUAUCAGCUUGAGGAUGACCUGGUAGCGCUGCAGAAGAAGCUGAAGGGAACAGAGGAUGAGUUGGACAAGUACUCUGAGUCUCUUAAGGAUGCCCAGGAGAAACUUGAACUCGCUGAGAAGAAAGCCACAGAUGUAAGUUUGAAGAGGCGCGUUGGCAUAAACCUGUCCGAAGUGUUAGUGGGCGUCAGGGGGGCCACAAACAAUCUGCUAACAUUGAACCUCAACAUACAUAUACAUAUAAGUUAAGAUUAUUUUAUUAUUUCAGUUCGGAAUAGCCUACACAAUUGUUUAUGGUUAAUACCUGCGUCUUCAUUAAGCUAAACCAUAGGCCUGCCAUGCGCAAUAUUCCACGUGUUCAUGGAAACCAAAUAAGACUGAGUAGACCAACUGUAGGCCUAACAAAUGUGCCUUGUGUGCCACCCUCCUCGAAGAUCCAAGCAGAAGGUUAAAUUUAGCUGUGUGCUUUAUAUGGCCAAGUUACAGCUGACAGGUUUAGGCAGUGCAACAUGUGCACCCCGCAACCUGUUGGGUUAAAAUGGGGGCCUGUUUAGAAUUUCAGUUAAAAGUUUGGUGGAAGUUUUUGAAUAUUUUAAAUAGCUUUAACUUAGAUUUAUAGGUGCCAUACAUUAUAUAUUCACUCGUCAAAUGAAAACGUUUACUUCUCCUUUUAUUGAGAAUGUUGUAGGGGACGCCAAUAAAUAAACGUUUGUUCUUAUAGGAAACAUGCAUCUAGAUAUUUUUAUUGUGUCAGUUUAGAAAGAACACCAAAUGAUGAUGAUAGUAAUUAUAGUAAAAAAAUAUUUAUACAAAAUUGUACAAAGAAAUAAAUACUUUAAGUUGCCUAUACAGUGAGGGGAAAAAAGUAUUUGAUCCCCUGCUGAUUUUGUACGAAUGCCCACUGACAAAGAAAUGAUCAGUCUAUAAUUUUAAUGGUAGGUUUAUUUGAACAGUGAGAGACAGAAUAACAUCAAAAAAAUCCUGAAAAACGCAUGUCAAAAAUUUUAUAAAUUGAUUUGCAUUUUAAUUAGGGAAAUAAGUAUUUGACCCCCCCUCAAUGAGAACGGUGAGGAAUCAGCCCAGAACUACACGGGAGGAUCUUGUCAAUGAUCUCAAGGCAGCUGGGACCAUAGUCACCAAGAAAACAAUUGGUAACACACUACGCCGUGAAGGACUGAAAUCCUGCAGCGCCCGCAAGGUCCCCCUGCUCAAUAAAGCACGUAUACAGGGUCGUCUGAAGUUUGCCAAUGAACAUCUGAAGGAUUCAGAGGAGAACUGGGUGAAAGUGUUGUGGUCAGAUGAGACCAAAAUCGAGCUCUUUGGCAUCAACUUAACUCGUCGUGUUUGGAGGAGGAGGAAUGCUGCCUAUGACCCCAAGAACACCAUCCCCACCGUCAAACAUGGAGGUGGAAACAUUAUGCUUUGGGGGUGUUUUUCUCCUAAGGGGACAGGACAACUUCACCGCAUCAAAGGGACGAUGGACGGGGCCAUGUACCGUCAAAUCUUGGGUGAGAACCUCCUUCCCUCAGCCAGGGCAUUGAAAAUGGGUCGUGGAUGGGUAUUCCAGCAUGACAAUGACCCAAAACACACGGCCAAGGCAACAAAGGAGUGGCUCAAGAAGAAGGACAUUAAGGUCCUGGAGUGGCCUAGCCAGUCUCCAGACCUUAAUCCCAUAGGAAAUCUGUGGAGGGAUCUGAAGGUUCGAGUUGCCAAACGUCAGCCUCGAAACCUUAAUGACUUGGAGAAGAUCUGCAGAGAGGAGUGGAACAAAAUCCCUCCUGAGAUGUGUGCAAACCUGGUGGCCAACUACAAACGUCUGACCUCUGUGAUUGCCAACAAGGGUUUUGCCACCAAGUACUAAGUCAUGUUUUGCAGAGGGGUCAAAUACUUAUUUCCCUCAUUAAAAUGCAAAUCAAUUUAUAACAUUUUUGACAUGCGUUGUUCUGGUCUCUCACUGUUCAAAUAAACCUACCAUUAAAAUUAUAGACUGAUCAUGUCUUUGUCAGUGGGCAAACGUACAAAAUCAGCAGGGGAUCAAAUACUUUUUCCCCUCACUGUAGGUCUAUCAAUAUUAUGAAUUGGGAUAAUCAUGUUACUUUUGGCACCAUGUAUGAGAUAUCUUUCAAAAUGAAAUGAAUAUCUUUAAAGACAUUUUAAAUGUUUAUUUUAAAACGUUUAUUAUGGGUUAAAUUCCCCCUCAAUAAUAAAUUAACAAGAUGCGCAAUCACAGCACCACUAGCAUGAGCCUGUAAGGGGGGAGGGGCAUUAUAGGCUAAUGGCCAAUAAGUCAUCAUGACAUAGUCAUAUUAUCUCACUACGAUACAAUAAAUAAAAACCUAUUUAACAGAAGAUUUCGGGAUAUUUUGAGACAAUUUUGCGCAAUGUGUGAAAUGUGUUACUUCCGGUGUCAUUUAGCGCACGUCCCAGCCUCCCCAGUAGCUGUAGAAAAAAAACACAGGGACGGGAGCAGAUUUUCGCAUCCCGGCAUCGUUGCGCGUUUCUGGCCCGAGAACCGUUAGAAAAAGGCGUAGGCAAUAGAAAAUAGGCAGUAAACAAGCGAAAUGGCCGGGCUAACGUCGCUGGAAGCUGUAAAAAGGAAAAUAAAAACACUACAAGAGCAGGCAGACGGUGCAGAAGAGUCGGCAGAGAGGCUGCAGAAGGAACUGGGUCUGGAGAGGGAUGCGAGGGAUUCCGUAAGCCCUAGCUAAUAAUUUAAGACAAUUCGUCUGCAGUAUGCCUGACGACAGUAUUAGUACACAUUUGAUCAACACGCUUGGUAGAACGAUAGACAGAAUAUGGAUGUUUUUACAGUGCAAAAAAAUAUAAGUUUUGUCUGUCAUGUGAUACGCGUAAAAGGAUGAAGAAAUGGGAAAGUGAGAAAUGAUUUAAUGGUAAAACGUGCCAGGCAGGCUCCAAAAUAAACACAUUAGCCAAGGCUGCUGCAGUUUCAGCAUGCUCCAGUCUAGUCGAUCAUACACUAUCAUCCUAUGCCUCCUGUAGCUACAUCUAUUUACAUAGUAGGCAUCUUAUUAUGUUUAUAUUGGUCAGUGCCAUUCCAAACAUACCAAUCAGGCCUAUAUAAAAUGUAUAGUUUAUAAAAUCUUGUUUAUGUAAUGUUAUAUAUAAUGCUGGAGUUUAGGAUGGAAUUACAGCAUGGUCUGGGCCCUUAUCCCUUUCCCUCACAUUUAAAUCUUAGUCCCCUAUAGUGUUAAGAAACCCCCCACAGAGGUGUCCAAAAGUGACCCCCAACCUCCUCCAUUACACUACACAUCUCUCCAGAUACUGUAUCUGGUGUGCAUUAUGUAAGAAAGUGUGACUGUUUGAGUGUGCAACAGGUUGACAUUGUGGUUUCUCCAUGUUGUGCUCUCUUAGGCUGAGGCUGAUGUAGCUUCCCUGAACAGACGUAUCCAGCUGGUUGAGGAGGAGUUGGAUCGUGCUCAAGAGCGUCUGGCCACAGCUCUGACGAAGCUGGAGGAGGCUGAGAAGGCUGCUGAUGAGAGCGAGAGGUGGGCAGCAGCACUCAGAGACUCAGACUCUGUAUCAUACAGUACACUCUUAGAAAAAAAGGUGCUAUCUAGAACCAAAAAGGGUUAUUUGGCUGUCCCCAUAGGAGAACCCUUUGAAGAACCCCUUUUGGAUUCCAAGUAGAACCCUUUCCACAGAGGGAUCUACAUGGAACCCAAAAUAGUUCUACAUGGAACCAAAAAGGGUUUUACCUGGAACCAAAAAGGGCUGUCCUAUGGGGACAGCCGCAGAACCCUUUUGGAACAAUUAUUUCUAAGAGUGUAGACACAGACAUCAUCAGACCCGUCAGUCUCAGUCUCAAACACAGUCAUCAACACCAAACCCAUAUAGAUGACAUGCAGACAUCAAUCCACAUGACCACAGUAAUAUCAUUCCACUCUUAAAAUUGUUCAGUUAAUGAUGUGUUAUAAAGAUUUUGUAGAAUUUCCGGCAGUAGUUUUAGAGUGCUCCCGAGCAAAAACAGGUCCUUGAAAAUUGUGCACAAUUGUGUACAACGACAUCCAUUUCAUAUGAUAUGUUGCAUCCUGCAAAAAAAAAAAAACAUCUGCAAUUCGUUAUGAUAUAGUAUGUUAUGAAUUCCAAUUCGUACAAUAUGUGACACAUUUGUAAGUGCUUAAGAUCCCGUUCAAUCUCUUCAGACAACUUGCAAUGUCCUCCUAUUCCUGACAUAUAUUCCCCCCUGUCUGUUCCGUCCUCCAGAGGCAUGAAGGUAAUUGAAAACAGGGCAUCGAAGGAUGAAGAGAAGAUGGAGCUACAGGAGAUCCAGCUGAAGGAGGCCAAGCACAUCGCUGAGGAGGCUGACAGGAAAUACGAGGAGGUGAGUUUCCUUACAUUCCUUAGGCUGCUACUUUAUUAUAUUGGCUACUUCUGAGGUCCUCGUGUGUGUGUGUGUGUGUGUGUGUGUGUGUGUGUGUGUGUGUGUGUGUGUGUGUGUGUGCAUGAGAGCGUGCGUGUGUGGGAAACUGACAGCAUAUAGACCUGUACAUAAAACUAAACAUAGAACAUUUUGAUUGCUUGGUGCACCAAUGUGGUAUACUGAUGUGUUGUCCUAUUAUGGGUGAAAACAGGUCGCCCGUAAGCUGGUCAUCAUUGAGAGUGAUCUGGAACGUACAGAGGAGCGCGCUGAGCUGUCAGAAGGGUAAGAACUUUGGAACCAGCCACAAAAUACAGCACAAUUUACUGCUUUGGAGACAACCUACUGUUACUCUUUAUUAUUACGCUUAUUACCCUGUUAUAACUCCUGUUUCUCCCUCCCGUCGGUCCUCCUCUGGCAUUUGUUCCUUCCCCUCUGUUCCUUCAACCAUACCUAAAACACCAGCAAAUGCUCUGAGCUAGAGGAAGAGUUGAAGACAGUCACAAACAACCUGAAGUCUCUUGAGGCUCAGGCAGAGAAGGUAGGUGUCUGUUUAGACAGGUGUAUGUCUUCUCAGGUUGUUGCAGUCAGGGGUUAUAUCCCCAUUGCCUGCUAGUAUAGCCAUAGAGAUAAAGUGAGGUAACUCUAUUGAGUAGGCCCACUCAUUUCUGCCUGUUAUCCAUUGAACCAGUUAAUGUCGGUAGCGUUGUGAUGAUGGCUCUCUGACCUGCGCUCCACUAUGUCACUACAGUACUCACAGAAGGAGGACAAGUACGAGGAGGAGAUCAAGGUUCUCACAGACAAACUAAAGGAGGUGAGUUCCCUUUAGCGUAGCAUAUUAGCCCCUGUUUCCUAUUCACUUUACCAAGUGGGACAUUAGCGUUAGCAUGUUAGCCACUGGAUCUUCGAUAAAGUAAGACCAUAGAAAGGGUGGAGGACACCAGACAUUGUAUUAUAUAUCUAUAUCUAUGUUGGAACAUAUGUUUUGGUGUGAUGAGGAUGGGAGACAUUCAUCACAUCUUGUCUGCCUCUUGUGCUACAGGCUGAGACCCGUGCUGAGUUCGCUGAGAGGUCCGUGGCCAAGCUUGAGAAGACCAUUGAUGAUCUGGAGGGUAUGGACCUUUUCUUUUAUUUCAUAUAUUGUGAAGCAUUUUCUAUGUGAAAAUCUGAGGUGUUGUAUAGUAAAACAGAACAUAUGUGACAGACCGGCUCGAUUCGGUCUUAUGUAGCAAAAUUUGAAAUAGUGUUUUUUACAUUGGAUAAAUGUGGAGAAUCAGGCCUCCUGAGUGGCGCAGCGGUCUAAGGCGUUGCAGUGCUUGAGGCGUCACUACAGAUCCGGGUUCGAUACCGGGCUGUGUCGCAGCCGGCCGCAACCGGGAGAACCCAUGAGGUGACGCACAAUUGGCCCAGCGUCGUCCGGGUUAGGGGAGGGUUUGGCCGGCCAGGAUGUCCUUAUCCCAUCGCACUCUAGCGACUACUAUGGCGGACCGGGCACAUGCACGCUGACACGGUUGUCAGUUGUACAGUGUUUCCUCCGACACAUUGGUCUAAGGCACUGCAUCGCAGUGCUAGCUGUACCACUAGAGAUCCUGGUUCGAAUCUAGGCUCUGUCGUAGCUGGCCGUGACCGGGAGACCCAUGGGGCGGCGCACAAUUGGCCCAGCGUCGUCCAGGGUAGGGGAGGGAAUGGCCGGCAGGGAUGUAGCUCAGUUGGUAGAGCAUGGCGUUUGCAAUGCCAGGGUUGUGGGUUCAAUUCCCACGGGGGGCCAGUAUGAAAAAAUAAAUAAUAAUAAUGUAUGCACUCACUAAUUGUAAGUCGCUCUGGAUAAGAGCGUCUGCUAAAUGACUAAAAUAUAAAAAUGUAAAAAUGUGCAGCUGGCUUCCGGGUUAUGCGGGCACUGUUUCAGGAAGCAGUGCGGCUCGGUUGGGUUGUGUUUCGGAGGAGGCAAGACUCUCGACCUUCGCCUCUCCCGUGUCUGUACGGGAGUUGCAGCGAUGGGACAAGACUGUAACUACCAAUUUUGGAUAAAAAGAAACAGAAUAGAGCUAAGCACAGGCAAAACCCUAGAGGAAAACCUGGUUCAGUCUGCUUUCCAACAGACACUGGGAGACAAAUUCACCUUUCAGCAGGACAAUAACCUAAAACACAAGGCCAAAUAUACACUGGAAUUACUUACCAAGAUGACAUUUAAUGUUCCUGAGUGGCCUAGUUACAGUUUUGACUUAAAUCGGCUUGAAAAUCUAUGGCAAGACUGGAAAAUGGCUGUCUAGCAAUGAUCAACAACCAAGACAAGAGCUUGAAGAAUUUUUAAAAGAGUAAUGUGCAAAUAUUGUCAAGUCUAACCUUUCAUCACCUCCUCUGUGUUGUCAUCAGAUACUGUAUCUACAUUCUGCACAGUCAGCUCUGUGCUGGGCAGACUAGGCCAGUGCCAUGGCUGACACACAGUCAGUGUUUGUUAGGCUAGUGCAGGCCAGGGAAAGACAUUUCUCAUGCUGCUGUUGGUGUGACUGUGUUACUGUAGCUGUGGAAAGACAAAGCAUUCACAAUGGAGCUCUAUAUCAUUUGGGUGGAGACCAUGUUGUCAUUUCCUUCUGGAAAAGAAAGCAGCUACACACUAUGUCACUCCGAUGUAAUAUAUGUCUUAAUUAGAUACAAACAUGUCGACAGCAAGGUGCCUUCAUCAGGGUUUCAGUUAGUAAUUUCCUGCUUGGUCUAAACAAUCUAACAGGGCAUUAGUGGCCUGUGCACAUCCUAUUUUUACCCUAUUAUUUUUUGGUUUGAUAUUGUAUUUUAUUUCGUUCAGUUCUGUUCUCGGACAAUCCUUUGUUUUUUCCUACCUUUUCACCUCCUUUCUUUGCUCUGUCUAUCAUGUUGCUGUCCCCACCCUUCAUUAUCACCCCAUCGAUGUGUUCUCUUCCACUCCUCUCCUCCUCCUCCACUCCACCCAUAAUAGAUGAGUUGUAUGCACAGAAACUGAAGUACAAGGCCAUCAGCGAGGAACUGGACCACGCUCUCAACGACAUGACCUCCAUG